UUUCAGUAUGAAUAUUUCAAUGCUGUGUUGAUCAAUGAAAGAGACAAAGAUGGGAAUUUUUUGGAACUGGGAAAGGAGUUCAUCUUAGCCCCAAAUGACCAUUUUAAUAAUUUGCCUGUGAACAUCAGUCUGAGUGAUGUCCAAGUACCCACAAACAUGUACAACAAAGACCCUGCAAUUGUUAAUGGGGUUUAUUGGUCUGAAUCCCUAAACAAAGUUUUUGUUGAUAACUUUGACCGUGACCCAUCUCUUAUAUGGCAGUACUUUGGAAGUGCAAAGGGCUUUUUUAGGCAGUAUCCGGGGAUUAAAUGGGAACCAGAUGAGAAUGGAGUCAUUGCCUUUGACUGCAGGAACCGAAAAUGGUACAUCCAGGCAGCAACUUCUCCAAAAGACGUUGUUAUUUUAGUUGACGUCAGUGGCAGCAUGAAAGGACUCCGGCUGACUAUUGCAAAGCAAACGGUCUCAUCUAUUUUGGAUACGCUGGGAGAUGAUGACUUCUUCAACAUAAUUGCUUAUAAUGAGGAACUUCACUACGUGGAGCCUUGCCUGAAUGGAACCUUGGUGCAAGCCGACAGGACAAAUAAGGAGCACUUCAGGGAGCAUCUGGACAAACUUUUUGCCAAAGGAAUUGGAAUGCUGGAUAUAGCUCUGAAUGAGGCCUUCAACAUUCUCAGCGAUUUCAACCACACAGGACAAGGAAGUAUCUGCAGCCAGGCCAUCAUGCUCAUAACUGAUGGGGCAGUGGACACCUAUGAUACCAUCUUUGCAAAAUAUAAUUGGCCAGAUCGAAAGGUUCGCAUUUUCACAUACCUCAUUGGACGCGAGGCUGCUUUUGCAGACAACCUCAAAUGGAUGGCUUGUGCCAACAAAG